AUGGCUGCUCCCUCCUCCGCCAUUUUCCCUCAGAGCCAUGUCGGUUUCGACAGCAUCACGUCCCAGAUUGAGCGCAAGCUCUUGAAGCGUGGUUUCCAAUUCAAUGUCAUCUGCGUUGCCGGACCAAGCUCUAACCCGCGUCUCCCCUCGUUUGCAGGUCAAACCGGUCUGGGCAAGUCGACUCUGAUCAACACCAUCUUUGCCUCGCACCUGAUCGAUUCCAAAGGCCGUCUUCAGCCCGAUGAGCCCAUCAGAUCCACCACCGAGAUCCAGGCCGACUCUCACAUCAUCGAGGAGAAUGGUGUCCGCCUCCGACUCAACAUUGUCGACACCCCUGGCUACGGAGAUCUGGUCAAUAACGACCGCUGCUGGGACCCCAUCGUCAAAUAUAUCAAGGAUCAGCACUCCGCUUACCUGCGCAAGGAGCUUACGGCACAGCGUGAACGCUAUAUCCAAGAUACCCGUAUUCACUGCUGCCUGUUUUUCAUUCAGCCCUCUGGCCACUCUCUGAAGCCUAUUGACAUUGUCGUCCUCAAGAAGUUGUCUGAUGUCGUCAACGUUGUGCCUGUCAUUGCCAAGGCCGACACCCUGACCACUGAGGAGCGUCAGGCUUUCAAGGAGCGCAUCAAGGAGGAAUUUGCUUUCCACAACCUCAAGAUGUACCCUUACGACAACGAUGAGUUUGAUGAGGAGGAGCGUGCCCUCAACAACCAAAUCAAGGGCCUUGUUCCCUUUGCUGUCGUCGGUUCCGAAAAGAACAUCAUUGUCAACGGCCAGCAGGUUCGCGGUCGCCAGAACCGCUGGGGUGUCAUUAAUGUUGAGGAUGAAAACCACUGCGAAUUCGUCUACCUCCGAAACUUCCUUCUGCGAACCCACCUCCAGGACCUCAUCGAGACGACCUCGCAGAUCCACUACGAGACCUUCCGUGCCAAGCAACUCCUUGCACUCAAGGAGAGCAGCGCUCACGCUGGAGGCGCUAGCAGCAGACCCAUCAGCCCUGCUGCUGAUCGCGAGCUGAGCCGCAGCUCUCAACGUAUGGCUAUGAACGGAUACUAA